CAAAGACACGAAAUGUCAAUCGAGCAAAACCCCGCGAUGCUCGUGUAGCGUCUCUGUUUAUUUUAACGUAAUUGUUUUACGUAAUUACAUUUCUGGAUAAGUGAAAAGGACUAUUAAAAGUGUUAUCGUAAUCCUUCAACAUGUUGGUGUUAUUCGAAACCUCGGCAGGGUACGCCAUAUUCAAGUUACUGGAUGAGUCCAAGUUGUCACAGAUUGAUGACUUGUACCAGGAGUUCAACACACCUGAAGGGGCUUCUUCUGUUGUAAAACUAAAGAACUUCAUAAAGUUCGAGGAUACAGCUGAGGCCCUGGCAGCCACCACAGCAGCUAUUGAAGGCAAAGUCUCCAAGCCAUUGAAGAAAGCCCUCAAAAAGUACAUCAGCAAGGAAGUACAGGACCAACUCCUUGUAGGAGAUGCCAAGCUCGGCAGUGCCAUCAGAGAGAAGUUUGACUUGCAGUGUGUGUCUAACAACAAUGUGCAGGAGCUGCUCAGAUGUAUCCGCUCACAGAUGGACAGCCUCCUUGCUGGUCUACCAAAAAAAGAGAUGACAGCUAUGGCCCUUGGUCUUGCCCACUCACUCUCCAGAUAUAAGCUGAAGUUCUCCCCAGACAAGAUUGACACAAUGAUUGUGCAAGCUCAAUGUCUGCUAGACGAUUUAGACAAGGAAUUAAACAACUAUGUCAUGAGAUGCAGAGAGUGGUACGGUUGGCACUUCCCCGAACUUGGGAAAAUCAUCACAGACAACACUCUGUUUGUUAAAAUAGUCAAAUUAAUUGGUACUCGAGACAACGCUUCACAGACAGACUUAUCUGACAUUCUGCCUGAGGACCUGGAGGAGAAAGUUAAGGAGGCAGCUGAGAUCUCCAUGGGCACAGAGAUUUCUGAAGAUGACAUCUUGAAUAUUCAGAAUUUGUGUGAUGAGAUCAUUUCCAUAACAGACUACAGAACACAUUUGACAGAUUACUUGAAGGCAAGAAUGAUGGCCAUGGCACCCAAUCUAACAGUGUUGAUCGGCGAGCACAUAGGAGCUAGGUUGAUUGCUCAUGCUGGUUCAUUAAUGAAUUUGGCGAAGCACCCUGCUUCAACACUGCAGAUCUUUGGAGCAGAGAAAGCUCUCUUCAGAGCCUUGAAGACAAAGAAAGACACACCUAAAUAUGGUCUGAUCUACCAUGCACAGUUGGUAGGUCAGUGCAGUACUAAGAACAAGGGUAAGAUGUCGCGUAUGUUGGCUGCUAAGGCUGCGCUGGCGACGAGGGUGGAUGCCUUCGGAGAGGAUGUGACCUUUGAGUUAGGAGCUGAACACAAAGUCAAGCUGGAGAACAGACUGAGGCUGCUAGAGGAAGGCAACCUUAGAAGAAUAAGUGGAACAGGCAAAGCUAAGGCCAAGUUUGAGAAAUAUCAGAGUAAGAGUGAGGUGUUCCAAUACCAAGUGGCGGGUGACAGCACUCUGGGCCAGAAGGCGGUCAAGCGCGAGCACUCUCCUGAUGACGACGAAGCCGGGCAGGUCUCCUCCAAGAAGAUCAAACUUGAGGAUGGUGCUAAUAAUGUCACACCGAAAAAAGAAAAGAAAAUAAAGUCGGAAGAGGCAGCAGACGAAAGCCAGGAGGCAGAGCCAGUAUCAGAGAAGAAAAAGAAAAAGAAGAAGAAGUCUGAGGGCCAGCCCUCCGAGGAAGCUGAGCCAGAGCAACCCACUGAGGAACCCAAGAGUGAGAAGAAGAAGAAAAAGAAACGACAGUCACAGGUUGAAGAAGAAUAGAUAACCCACCAUAACAGCGGAUUUCAAUAAACUAUACAUUUGUAGACUUGUUUUGAUAAAUUGUAUAGAUUAUUGAUAUUUGCAGUAAGUCAACAUAGUAAGUUUUAAAAGAGUACAGCCGAUGCUUUUUUCCUACACAUUACGGUGAUCGGCAUCUUUAAAUAAAUGCUAACGUGUAAAAUCAGUGACGAUACGGGUACUAAGAGUACAUAAUAAGUAGGAAAUGUAUUGUGAGUUGUAUCUGUGGUUCGGCCUGGUCGCUGUGUUCGUUACGAGUUAUAGUCUGUAAGCGAGAAUGUAUUAUUAUAACUGUGGUUAUAAUAAAAGAUUUAUAUUCAUAA